AUGGGGAAAGCGUACAGCGAGGAACAGCGGCUUCAUGUCAAGGGCCUACUAGAGGCGGGUCGCGAUGAGGAGUCUAUUGAGAAGGAGACGGGUGUCUCUGAUCGCACUAUCCGCAGAUGGAAGCUAGAGUUAGAACGCACUGGACGCAUCGGCAAGGUGAGAGCAGUGAAGCGAUCAACAACGACAUCAGAUCUCGACAAGGCUGACAACAUGCCGCAACAGCCUCCGGAAGCUCGUACUGGGCGCCAUCGCGUCCUCACUCCAGACGUGGAACAGGCACUCUUCGAACAUGUAAAGGAGAAGCCGGAAAUGUCGGUGGAUGACAUGCUGUGGUGGCUCUACGACAAGUACAAUAUUGUGGUCGGCACGCGAACUAUCCGCCGGGUGUUCGAGCGCAAGGGUGACAAGGUCAAGAUGAAGAACACCAGACGCAAGAGUGGCACGGGCGAGGAUGACGAUGACGAGGAGGACGAGGAAGAGGGCGACACCACCAUGGACACCACCGCACAGCCCCAGAAUAACGCACAAUACCAGUCGCCCUACGCGCCAAUGGCUCAGCAAACUGCACAAUCCGUCGAAGCACAGAUGGCUCGCGCGCUGCAGCAGCAACAAUCGAGUCCGCAGCAGUCAUUCUCCACGCCCAUGAACCUCGACGCCGACCUUCCCGAAGACGAGGAGACGAUUGAGCUCCAGCUCCAGCAGAUUGCACUUGCGAAGCGUGAGGUCGAACUCAAGCUCAAGAUGCGCCAGAUUCAGAGUCGCAAAAACAGCAGCGUAUCAGCAUCGCCAGUUUCAGUGACGAAGCCUGCACCAAAGCGACAAGGUCCGAGUACUCUGUACAACCCCAACGCCGUAAUCCCGAACGUUCCGAAGCGAGACAGUCGAAGCAAGAAGAAGAUCGAGGAGUCGAAGAAGAGAACGGCCGAGCGGCAAGAACGUAUGCUGAGAGAUCUUGAGCGACGAAGCAGGCGACGCGACCAUUUGACUGCUGAGUGGGUGCAGAGCAAGGACAUCUGGCCACUGCGUGCACAAGCUCUACUGGCAGAUCUCAUGCAUCAGUACCAAUGUUACGCUUUCCAACAGUCUCAGCUCGACACCUUCGAGACCAUGUAUCGUGAGCUCUACCAGCUUGUGGACAUGAACAAGGGGGACUGGAACGCGCCAAUUCACGACGAGAUGCUGCGCGAACGCAUGAAGCGCAAGAUGGGCCAACUACGAACCAAGAUGCAAAAGACUGGUGAAAUUGUCGGUCGCGCAGACGGAUAUGGUGGCUUCACCAAGGCAGACAACUACACUGGCGAGCAAGCAGGAGCUGCGGUUGGCGAUGACAACGAGAACGACAUUAUCGUGGAGAUGAACACGCACGAUCUACAAGCGCAGCCAGGAGCCCAGGACAUGCAACAGCAGGACAUGCAGCAGGAUAUGCAACAAGAUUUGCACCAGGAGCUUCAGCAAGAUCAGCAGAUUCAGUACGACCCUCUUCCGGACCAUCAGCAGAUGCAGCAGGUACAGAUGUCGUACACGCAUACGCCGAUGACCAGUCAAGGACCUGGGCAGUAUCCUUUGCUGGACUACAGCCAGGGUAUGAUGCCGUAUGGUAACAUCAACACGCAGAUGAGCAAUGCAGGUGGUAUGGGCAUGGGUCUUUGA